CGCGGGCCAACCCCGAACUUAACCGAUGUCGAACGCGAACUUCAACCGCGGACCGGCCUACGGGCUGUCGGCCGAAGUGAAGAAUAAGCUGGCACAGAAGUACGACCCACAGACAGAGCGUCAGCUGCGUGUCUGGAUCGAAGGAGCCACCGGGCGCCGCAUUGGGGACAACUUCAUGGAUGGCCUCAAGGAUGGCGUCAUCCUUUGCGAGCUCAUUAAUAAGCUGCAGCCUGGCUCAGUGCAGAAAGUGAACGACCCCGUCCAGAACUGGCACAAGCUGGAGAACAUCGGGAACUUCCUGCGAGCCAUCAAACACUACGGGGUGAAGCCCCACGACAUCUUUGAAGCCAACGACCUCUUCGAGAACACCAACCACACACAGGUGCAAUCCACCCUCAUCGCCCUUGCCAGCCAGGCCAAGACAAAGGGGAACAAUGUGGGCUUGGGUGUGAAGUAUGCAGAGAAGCAGCAGCGUCGCUUCCAGCCUGAGAAGCUGCGUGAAGGCAGGAACAUCAUUGGCCUCCAGAUGGGCACCAACAAGUUUGCCAGCCAGCAAGGCAUGACGGCGUAUGGCACGCGGAGGCACCUCUACGACCCCAAAUUGGGGACAGACCAACCCCUGGAUCAGGCCACCAUCAGCCUCCAGAUGGGCACUAACAAGGGGGCCAGCCAGGCUGGGAUGACAGCGCCGGGGACCAAGAGGCAGAUCUUCGAGCCCUCGCUGGGCAUGGAGCGCUGCGACACAAACAUCAUCGGGCUGCAGAUGGGCAGCAACAAGGGUGCCUCACAGCAGGGUAUGACGGUGUAUGGGCUGCCAAGGCAGGUCUACGAUCCCAAGUACUGCGAUGCGCCCGGCUUGCUGGGCGAGGACGGCCUCAAUCACAGCUUCUACAACUCCCAAUAACCCCCAUUGAGUCUAUUCCAAGCCCCCUCCCCACGGUUGCUUGCACCUCCCCGUGCUGGGGAUGCACCGCACCGGCCUCACCGCGCGCCCGGGGCUGCUGGGAAGGGGCCAGUAGGGGGGCCCCGGAGCAGGAAACCUUGAGCUGGGGGGUCCUGGCCUGGCCCCGCUGCUGCCCCACAUAUGUGAAGCCACCGAGGCACAAUAAAAGCCACACGCAAACCCGUUGCUUCCAAUGGCCUGAGAAUGAUGAGGGUUAUAGGGGAAUGGGAUGCCGUGGCGUAGACAAGGGGAGAAGAGGAUAAAAGGACAGUAAGGCAUGGGGGAAGAGAGCAGGAAACUAAGGGGGCAUAAGGAUGUCA